GGAAUUUCAGAAAAUAUAAAAUAAAAUAAUCAAAUCAAAUCAAAUCAGAAAAAACACACUGCGUCUUCUUCUUCUUCUUCAUCUGUCUUCUGCAAUCCACAAAGCACGGAUUUUUCAUCACUGUUGCUGCUUUUCACGUGGGUGCAUGAUGGUAUUUCCACCGACAGAUUGAAACCCAGCUCUAGAUUAAAAGGAAUCUGAUUGAAUCAGCCGUUGGUUCGUAUCUCAACUUCUUGUGAAACCAAAUUGGUUUAUGGGGUUUACAAAUUCUUGAAGAAAAAUUAUGUGAAUGAGAGCAAAGAUGAUGAGAUUUAAAGAAAUGAAACAUUUUCACUUCGAAAAACGAUGGGCGUUCCCCGUAGCUAUAGCAUCGAUCAUAUCAGUUUUCCUCUUCGCGAUUUGUUUCAAUUUGGGGACCGUUUCUUCGUUAUACAGAUUCAAUUCAUUCUUCCCGAUGUUCAAUUCUCAUUCUGGCAUAAAUAGAACGAUCACCCAUGAAGAAAAGAUUCAAUCUCCGCCUCCCCCGGCUCUUCCAACUGUUCCUCGAUUUGCUUAUUUGGUUUCCGGAUCAAAAGGGGAUUUGAAUAAGCUAUGGAGGACUCUUAGAGCAUUAUAUCAUCCAUGGAACUAUUAUGUUGUUCAUCUUGAUCUUGAAUCACCGCCCGAAGAGAGGAUGGAGCUUGCUUUAAGAAUCGAAAAAGAUCCCAUUUUUGCGAUGGUUGGGAAUGUUUAUAUGAUCUCAAAAGCUAACAUCGUUACGUACAGAGGACCCACAAUGGUGUCCAACACUCUUCACGCUUGCGCCAUUCUUCUCAAGCGGAAUAAAGAUUGGGAUUGGUUUAUAAACCUCAGUGCCUCGGAUUAUCCUCUUGUGACUCAAGAUGAUCUUCUGUUCACGUUUCGUGAUGUGAAGCGGGACCUGAAUUUCAUCGAACACACGAGCCAUUUGGGCUGGAAAGAGAACAAAAGGGCAAUGCCAUUGAUGGUUGACCCUGGACUAUAUCAGAACAAAAAAUCAGAUAUCUUUUGGGUGCAACCGAGAAGGGCUCUGCCGACAUCCUUUAAAUUGUUUACUGGGUCGGCAUGGAUGAUUCUAUCACGAUCAUUUGUCGAAUAUUGCAUAUGGGGUUGGGAUAAUCUUCCAAGAACUCUGCUCAUGUACUACACAAAUUUCGUCUCCUCUCCAGAAGGUUACUUCCAAACCGUUAUAUGCAAUUCGCCUGAAUUCGUUCCUACAGUCGUGAACCACGAUAUGCAUUAUAUCGCUUGGGACAACCCUCCGAAACAGCAUCCUCAUGUCCUGAACUUAUACGACACAAAAAACAUGGUAACAAGCGGUGCGGCAUUUGCCCGUAAGUUUAGGCAAGACGCUCGUGUUUUGGAUCAAAUCGACCACGAGUUACUCCACCGUCAAAAUGGGAGCUUCACCCCAGGUGGGUGGUGCAAGGGUGACCCUUCUUGUAGCAAGAUUGGGAAACCCGCAAGGCUAAAACCAGGCCCAGGUGCUCAAAGGCUUCGCCGGCUUAUCGGCAAGUUACUUCAACCACCUAAGUUUAACGAUAGUCAAUGUCGAUAGGUAUGAAGUAGAACCGAAAAUUAGUGUAUAUUUCAAUAUAUGCUAUAUAGCAUUUUUGCUUGUGGAUGAAAGGGUGAAACUUGAUUACAUAUAGCUAGUUCAACCUGCAAUCUGCAUGCUGAACAGUGAUCAUAUUGUAUCGAAAGCACAAUGCUUUUUUGUUGUUUAUGUUCGAUUUCGGUUU